GUGUGACGCGUGUGGCGUGGACUGUUCACUGUGUAAAAACACAUCUGCUAUAUCAGAGAUAUUAUACUAGUACCUAGUACGCAAGAUGUUCAAUCUUGUCAAGUAAAAUUUUAUAUCAACAUAGCGACAAUAAAUAAAACAUAAUAUUACGCUUGCUUAGUCAGUGAGAAUAGAUUUUAGACAACUUUCAAAUGGAGCUACCUCAGGCAGAGAAAAAUUAGCAGAUCAAGUGAAUUGAAUAGACCACGCGCGGCCAUGUUUAUGUUUAUAUACAUUUUUACGAUCAGUUAAAGUUCAAUAAUAUUUAAGAUUAAAAUAUACAGAAGAACUUUAUCGACAGUUGAAAGCUAUUCUGCCAUACUAAUUAGAGACUAAUGUUGAUGGUUAUGAUCUCACAUUAUAUGACUAAGUUAUGAGAAAAGAGUAAAUUACAUUGUAAGAGUUUCAUUGAACUUAUUGAACAUUCUGCAUAUAUUAAAAUUAACUGUAAACAGUUAGAAUAUUGCGAUGGAUUCUAAUGACAGAGGAUUUAGCCUUGACAGUAGUAACAUGUCGAUGUCUUCUUUGGGACCUCAAAGUCCACCUGAAAUAAAACCUGACACAGCUAACUUGAUAAGUCCUGGAAAUUUCAGCCCAUCUAAUCCAAAUAGCCCAGGAUCUCUCAUUGGAGUCCCAGGCAACAUGAAUAACUCAUCACCAGGUAAUCGUAAUCCAGCCAAUGCCAGUACUGCUUAUCCACCAAACCAUCCAUUAUCUGGAAGCAAACAUCUCUGUUCUAUUUGUGGCGAUAGGGCCAGUGGCAAACAUUACGGUGUCUACAGCUGUGAAGGCUGUAAAGGCUUCUUCAAGCGUACAGUGCGCAAAGACUUGACCUACGCUUGUCGCGAGGAAAGGCACUGCCUAAUUGAUAAGCGUCAGCGUAAUCGUUGCCAAUACUGCCGCUACCAGAAAUGUCUUACAAUGGGUAUGAAACGCGAAGCCGUGCAAGAGGAGCGACAACGCACGAAAGAACGCGAAGCUUCAGGUGCAAAUCCGGGCUCUGUCGCUGGAUCUGAAGCGGAAAGUUGUACUAGCAGUUCGCACGCCGACAUGCCUAUCGAACUGCUUCUAGAGGCCGAACGACGUUUUGACUUUCUUGGAGAGAAUCAAGCGGCUUAUGAUCAGUACAGCACACACGGAAACAGACAGAUCCGACAGAUGGUCGAGUGGGCCAAACGAAUACCUCAAUUCACAAGUUUACCUCUGGAAGACCAAGCAUUGUUAUUGCGUGCCGGAUGGUGCGAAUUACUUAUCGCCGAGUUCUCACACCGUUCGAUCGAUAUCGAGGAUGGAAUUAUUCUGACGACAGGCCUCACGUUACACAGAAAUUCGGCUCAACAAGCAGGAGUUGGGCCGAUCUUUGAACGUGUGCUUACCGAGCUUGUACUCAAAAUGAAAACCAUGAAAAUGGACAAAGCCGAGCUUGGAUGUCUUCGAGCUAUAAUUUUAUUAAAUCCCGAAAUUCGCGGUUUGAAGAAUUCUCAUGAUGUGGAUUUGCUGAGGGAGAAAGUUUAUUCGACUUUGGACGAAUAUGUCAAACAGCAUCGACCUGAUGAGCCUGGACGCUUUGCUAAAUUACUGUUGAGGCUACCAGCUUUAAGAUCGAUUGGUCUCAAAUUUACCGAGCACAUGUUCUUCUUUAGAUUACUCGGUGACGUUCCUCUCGACGAUAUACUUACCGAGAUGCUUGAAUCCUCAUCUGAUUCUUGAAUUACAUUCUAUUAUGUCGUUUGACUUUUACAGCUUGUUAAGUAUUUUUCUGAAUCUAAUUUUCGCGUUAAUCAUAUUAUUAGUCGUUCGUCGUUUGUAUUUUAAUCGGGAGAUUUUAUCAGACACUGUUUAUCCGCGCGCUGUUGAAAAAGAAAAUUUUUUCAUAUUUUGUUCCAAAGAAAUUGAAUCUUUUUGAAAGUGAAAAUGUUUUGAUCAUUAUUCAUCUUUCUUGGCUUUGUUAACUUUUUUAUUGCCGCGCGGCAUCAGGGAAAUGUUUGACGUUCACAUAGGAAACGAUAAUUGACUCAUUGUUCUGAGAGUGUGGAUAAACACUGCGUGUGUCUCACACAAUUUACCUCUUUAUUUUAAGAAUAACGUAAACGAGAAUAUUUUUUUAAAAUAGUUUACAUCAAAGAAUGAAUAGUUCAAAUAUGUAUAAAGGUUGUUACAUUGAUGUCUCGAAGUAACUAUUAGAACCCAUAGCUCAGGGUUGAAAUAGUAUUAAGGAGACCAGCUGGUCUUAAACAAUGAAAAUUCUAAGUAUUUUCUUAAUGGUCUAAAAAACAUUCUAUAAAAGAUAUUAUAUAUCCAAAAAGAAUUUUGAAAAAAUUUAUAAAAAUUCUCAUAAAAAUUGACUAUUUCGAAAAAUUCUUCGCUUAUUCUAGAGAACUGAUACAAAGAAAGAUAAUAAAAUCUUCAAAAAUGAUUUUCAUUCACUCUAACAGUCAGAAAAAUAUGGCAACCCACUUUUCUUCUAAAAAUAAGGUGUUACUAUUAAAGGGACUUUCUAAAGAACUUACAUGAAAUUUUAGGACUUAAAAAAAAGAAAAUGAAAGCAUGUACCAAGUACUUCAAGAUAAAAACAUUUUCAUGAUGAUAACUUUAUUGGAACGAUUUUUACACUACAAUAAAUAAAAUUUAUAAUUUUCAUUGUUUAACACCAGCUGACCCCCUUAUUGAAAACGACGUAUUUUUUUCGUUGCCACGACAUAAAUCAUAUUUUUAAACUAAAAACUUCCCUUCAGCAAGGCUGAGUAAUAAUGAGAUAUAGAAGAUAUUUCUGGUUAGCUUAUAAAAUACAGUUUAAAACUACACUUAAAAAUUUAUUUUUAUGAUUUUUAUGAGGAAUAAUCAUUUUUUGAUGAUUUUUCUAAUAUUUUACGUAUACUUAUUUUACAAGACGUUUGAUAUACUAUUUCGUGUUACUUGUAAUUUUAAUUGAAAUCAUUUUGGAGAUUAAAAUUAUUGCAUAUAUAUCAUAAUAUUCAAAUUAAGUCUAUGUAAAAGACAUGAAAACAUGAAAUAGAGCAGAUCACGGUUAACAUUUUUAACAUUAGUAAUUUAAAUUAACAAAAAAAAUGUUUAACUAAUAGUAAAUUUUGAAUUGAAAAUUUAUUA